AUGAGAGGAACUAAUGGGACUGAUGGUAACAACACUUUCGACACUAUAAACGCUGCUGCGUUUGCCAUAGCCUCUGCUUCCCACAACCGCGUUUCCCAACCUCCUACCCAGAAGAAAGGAUGGGGAAGCUGGUUGAGCAAAAUUGGGUGUUUUGGAUAUCAAAGGAACAGAAAGCGCAUUGGACAUGCAGUCCUUGUUCCAGAAACAGCCCCCAAUGGAGCAGAUCAUGCUGCAGCUGUUAGUUCAACACAAGCACCAACCAUAACACUCCCCUUCGCCGCUCCUCCAUCAUCUCCUGCAUCUUUCUUUCAAUCAGAACCUCCCUCGACUGCACACUCGCCAGUUUGUAAAAUUUCUCAGACUUGUGUGUCUGCGAGCAUGUACUCCCCUGGUGGUCCUGCCUCAAUCUUUGCCAUUGGCCCUUUUGCUCAUGAAACACAAUUAGUAUCACCACCUGUUUUCUCAGCUUCAUCCACUGCUCCUUUCACUCCACCUCCUGAAUCUGUCCACUUGACCACGCCUUCUUCACCGGAGGUCCCUUUUGCUCAGCUUCUUGACCCUGAGAAUAGGAAUGGUGAGACCUUUCAGAGGUUCCAAAUAUCUCACUAUGACUUCCAAUCCUAUCAGUUUCACCCCGGAAGUCCAGUUGGUCAACUCAUAUCUCCAAGAUCCGCCAUCUCGGCUUCCGGCACCUCAUCGCCACUCCCUGAUUCCGAAUUUAAUGCCACUCUCUCCCAUAUCCUUGAUUUCCAGAGAGCAGACCCUCCCAAGCUUCUCAACUUAGAUAAACUGUCUGCUUAUCAAAACAGGAAGUCAAACCAAGGUUCCGGCUCUUUGACCCCGGAUGCUGCAUGGUCUACAACACAAGCUGGUUUUCUUUCAAAUCAUUGGGUUUCUGAGAUUAAAGUGUCCCCACGUCCGAGCAAUAAUCGAGUCAAUGAGAUUAGUAUAAAUCAUAGAGUUUCAUUUGAAAUAUCUGCCCAGAAAGUGUUGGAAUCUCUAGAAAACAAGCCGGCAGCAUCAGCAUGGACUAAGGUCAUGGCAAAAUUGAAAAAUGAUGCACCAACAGCGGCCGACAAAGAAGAAAAUUUAGGACAAACCGGGUGCAGUGAGAAGCAAGUCCUGGCUGAAACUCACAGUGAUCAACCACUGGAAACCAAUUUGAGUGGAGAUGAUGCAACAGUUCAUGAGAAGGAUCAGUCCUUAACACUUUCUUCUGCUAAAGAAUUCAAUUUCGAUAAUGCAGAAGGAGGAGAUUCCCUUGCUCCCAAUAUAGUUGCUGACUGGUGGGCUAAUGAGAAAGUUGCAGGGAAGGAGAGAGGGGCAUCCGAGGAUUGGUCCUUUUUCCCAAUGAUUCAACCUGGUGUCAGCUAA